AUGUCCACCUCAACCCCAGACUCCCCCCUCUCCGACCUCUGCUCAAUCUGCCACCUCCAACCCCCCAAAUACCGCUGUCCGCGAUGCUCAACACGCACCUGCUCACUACCCUGCACACGGCGACACAAACUCUGGUCCCAAUGUUCAGGGAUCCGCGACCCAGCCGCCUACCUGCGCCGGUCCGAACUAGCAACAGAAUCCGCCUUCGAUCGGGACUUUAAUUUCAUUACGGGGAUUGAGCGCUCGAUUGAGCGCGCGGGACGGGAUGCGGAGAAUAGGGGGAUUGAUGUUGCUUCUUCGGGUGUGAGGGAUUUGGAGGCGGUUGGGUUGGAUGCGGGGGAUGUGGUGGAUGGGGGUGUGGAUGAUAGGAAGAAGGGUGGUGCUGGUGCUGGUGCUGGUGCUGGGGGGAAGAGGAAGAGGGGAGGGGAUACUGCUGGUGGUGGUGGGACGAGGGCUGAGAUGGAGUUUUUGAGACGUGCGGAGGAGAGAGGGGUUAGGGUUGUUAGGGCGCCGAAGGGGAUGAGUAGGAAUAAGGGGAAUGGGAGUCGGUGGUUGGGGAGGAAUCAGUGUUUGGUUUGGACAGUCGAGUGGAUCCUGAGUGAUGGGGAGAAGAGGAUGAGGAAUUGUUCGGAGUUGGCUCCUGUUGCGGAUUCUUUUGAUCGGGUGGUUCCCCUUCCUAAGGAGGAGGGGGGUGGUGAGGAGGGUCAGAAACAGACUGGGGAUGAGAAGCCAGAGGAGACGUCAGGGUCGAAGAUGGAGGAGCAACAGCAACAACCGCAGGAUGCUACAACUACAGUCCCCGAGCCGGCCUCGACUACAGAACCUACAGAGCCGACAGACACACCAACUGCUCAACCGGAAGCUUCAGAUCUGCCACUUACCCCCCACCGCGAUCUCUACUUCUACCUCCACCGGCCGCGGACAGCUACGAAACAGCCUGUUUUGGCCCCCCUGUCCCCGAAGACCACCAUUGCUGCCGCUCUGCGUGGUCACACAGUCUUGGAGUUCCCGACCAUCUACGUGCUGCCGUACUCACCUGAUACUAUACGAGCCCAGGAAGGUUCCAAGUACAUUCUAGAGGAAGAGUACCUUCGCACACAUCAGUCGCCGGAGGAGAGCAGCGAGGAUACGGGGGGUGCAGACGACACAUUGCCUCCGGGUGCCAUUGACCUUCAAGGCGUCGACGAAUCCAAGGUUCUGGAAGUCCUCCAGAAGGAUCUGUUCGAGCCUUCGGCAGCAGCGUAG